UGAAAAAAAAAUAUCAAUUUUACCUUUUUUUCUUUCAUCAUUUGACCAACUAAAAACAUUGAUACAAUUUUAAUACUUAAAUAUUUUAUUAAAGAAAAAAUGUCAUCAACAAAAAUAACAGCUCGAUGGGCAUUCAAUGUUAGUGAAUGGAAUCCAUCUGAUGAACAAUAUCAACAAAUUCUAUCUUUUAUUCAACCGGAAGAAAAAUCUCGAAUAAAUCGAUCUUAUUUUAUUGAAGAUGCAAAACUUUCAUUAAUUGGUAGAUGUUUAAUGAGAUUAUUAUUUUGUAAAUUAUAUAAAUAUGAUUGGAAUACGAUUCAAUUUUCUAGAACUGAAAGAAACAAACCCAUUUUGGUGACCCCUAAAAUGAAAGAUUCCGAUCCUAUAAUAAAUUUUAAUAUAUCACAUCACGGAGAUUGGGUUGUAUUAGUUGCUAGUGAAAAUUCUUUGAUUGGUGUUGAUGUAAUGAAAGUUGAAUUACCUUCAAAUCAAACUUUGGAAUAUUUUUUUGAAACGCUCAAAGAUCGGUUUUCAGAUUAUGAAUGGUCAACAAUAACAAAUCAAAAUUAUACAGAAUUCCAACAAUUACAUCAAUUUUAUCAAUUUUGGUGUUUAAAAGAAAGUUAUGUAAAAGCUAUUGGAUUAGGAUUAUCUUUGGAUUUGAGAUCUAUCGAAUUUCAUCUAUCAAAUGAAGAAUCUAGUUUAAUAGAAAAUCCGCAGAUAAUAAAAUCAAAAACACAAUUGUUUAUUAAUAAUGAAUUACAACCUGAAUGGAAAUUUGAAGAAUCUUAUCUUGAUGAUUUACAUUGCGUUGGUAUUACUUAUAAUGUAUUAGAUCAUGAAAAUAUUAUUAAUUCUCAAAAUUUCGAUAAAUUUGAAAUUGAUGAAAUAUUAAAAUAUGCAAAAAAAUUAAAUUGAAAAAAAAAAGUUGGGGAUUAUUUAUAAUUUUUUUGAUUUAACGAUUUAUGGCAAAUUUUAAUGAUCAUCAUCACCAUUAUAAAUUUGUAUUAAGGUAUAUUAAGACUAAUUUAUCACAUACUGAAAAAGUAUUAAGUAUUUUCAAGUAUAAAGUUAUUAUAUUUAAUUUACCAAAAUAAGUUAUAAAAUGGG